GAGCGGCAGCGGCAGCAGCACUGAGAUCCAGCCAAAAUGACAAAUCAGAACCUCAAAAGCAGGAUCGUCUUCUUCGAAAACAGGAACUUCAUGGGCCGUUCCUACGAGUGCAGCUCCGACUGUCCGGACUUGUUCGCCUUCCUGAGCCGCUGUCACUCCUGCAAGGUGGAGGCCGGCUGCUUCGUGCUGUACGACCGCACCAACUACACGGGCAACCAGCACUUCCUGAGGAAGGGGGAGCACUUCGACUACCAGACCAUGAGAAUGACCGACGGGCUGAGGUCCUGCCGCGUGGUCCCCCUGCACAAGGGGUCCUACAAGAUGAAGAUCUACGAGAGGGAGGGCUUGGGAGGCCAGGCGCACGAGAUCUCGGAGGACUGCGACAACAUCGCGGAGCGCUACCGAAUGACCAGCUGCAUGUCCUGCCACGUGACAGACGGCCACUGGCUCAUGUACGAGCUGCCCCACUUCCGAGGCAGGAUGAUGUACCUGAGGCCCGGGGAGUACAGGCACUUCAGCUUGGGCAUGGGCAGCAUGGGGGGCGCGGGGGGCAUGGGGGGCCUCAGGUUCACGAGCAUGAGACGCAUCGGCGAGUCUGGGUACUAGGCCCAGCGCUCGACGGGGCGCGCCGUAGACCACCAGCCACUGAAUAAAGGAGAAAACAUCUGAAAUGA